AUGAAGAUUCUCGGCAAGGUUACUUUCUUGCUUUUGCUCGGGGGAAUCUGGUGUCAGAACAACCCUAAUGCUAAAGCUAGUGGCAAGUCCACCAAGAAGUCUGGUGGGAACCAAGGAGGUGAUAUUCACCAGUCUCCCCCCGUAGUUGAUCUGACUCCUGGAGCAGCUGGAAGCAGUGUAAUCACUACAGGCACUGGAAGCACUGGAGGCACGGCUGAAGCAGGACGGGAGGGUGCUGCAGGAGCUCGAGCAGCUGGACAACAGACAGAUGAUAUGAGGCUGCACUUCCUCAAGAACAACCAAGUUACAUGUAAUGAUGGAACAGCGGCCGGGUUUUACCUAAAGGAGUUCAGAGGAAGCCGCCGAUGGCUGUUAUUUCUGGAAGGUGGCUGGUGCUGCCACAGCAAAGAUACCUGUGAUUCCAGGUACCAAAAUAUACCCAGACUUAUGAGCUCAUCGGAGUGGCCCCAAACCAAAAGAGGAACUGGAAUAUUGUCUUCUCAAGUGCAGGAAAACCCACAUUGGCAUAAUGCAAACAUUGUAUUCAUCCCUUACUGCUCCAGUGAUGUAUGGAGCGGCAUGGGGGUUGCCCCGACCCCUCCCCCAAGGCCACGGCAAGGCAGGGAAAAAGACAGGGAUAGAAAUACUAAUGCAACUGAGUACACCUUCAUGGGAUCCCUGAUUAUCCGCGAGGUCAUCAAAGACCUCAUCCCCAAAGGAAUCAAGCAGGCCAAGGUUGUCAUGCUGUCUGGCACGAGUGCUGGGGGAACAGGUGUUUUGCUGAACAUCGAGAGGGUGGCCAGUCAGCUGGAGCAGCUCGGUGCAGAGGCUCAGGUCCGAGGCCUCGUGGACUCUGGAUGGUUUCUCGAGAGUAAACAGCCGAGAUCACCCAACUGCCCCGAGACUAUUUCCUGCUCACCUGAAGAUGCUAUCAAGAUCGGACUCAGGUUGUGGAACGGGGUUGUACCUGACAGAUGCCGGCAGCUCUAUAAGAGAGGAGAGGAGUGGCAGUGCUUCUUUGGGCACAAACUGUACUCUACCUUGACCUCUCCUCUGUUUGUUGUGCAGUGGCAGUUUGAUGAGGAGCAGCUGAGAGUGGAGAACAUUUACAUGGGAGGACAGAGUCUGUCUGCGGAGCAGUGGCAGUAUAUUCAGAACCUGGGCAGAGAGCUCAAGAUCUCCCUGAGAGACGUCACGGCAGUGUUUGCUCCGUCCUGCCUCUCCCACACAGUGAUUACCAAAAGCAACUGGAUACGUUUCCAAGUUAAAGGCACCUCUCUGCCACGGGCCCUGCACUGCUGGGACAGGAGUCUGGAGGCUACCCGCAACAACAGAACCCCAGCCAAAGGCUGUCCUUUCCACCUGGUGGACACCUGCCAGUGGCCCCAGUGCAACCCCACCUGCCCAGCCUUGGUGGACCGGGCCACGCAGCAGGAGCUCACCUUGCUCCAGAUGAUGGUCGCCAUGGGCCUUGACCCCCAGAAGCUGGGUUUGAAUCCCGAGGGAGAUGCAGAUUAUCUGGCCAGCAUGGUUAGCAAUGGUGGCUAA